UCUUAUUGCCAUCAUGAACGGGAUCAUUAUAUGGCAACUGUCUAUGCGUAACAAUGGCCACGGAAUCUCGUCUUACCCUCGCCACACACGACUGUCAAACCAAGCCAGAAGGAAGCACACAUCCACUUCUUCCUCCUCUCCUUCAGACAUCACGCACUCCACCACCCACUCCAUCACUCACUCCACUUCCCACUCCACCCCUCCAUCCCCUCGCUCUCAUUCCACCCUCUCCUUAAACGCUAUAGACGAGAAAAAAGGAAAUAUAAAAAUAGAUUCUUCGCUCUCCUCUCCCGCCAUUCCUUGUGAUGACUCCCGUUUUUUCUCAGAGGCUGCAUGUCCUCUCAAAACCACAGGAAAACAUUAUGGGGAUAGAGACCAGGGUGAUAAAGGCAGUGUUUUCUAUAAAGAGGGUAACCAAAGAGAGAAUAAGGUAGAUAAUGAAGGAAAUGGUGAUGGUACAAGGCGAAAACAUGCAUUUCUGAUAACCAAAACGGAGAAUAAAGAUGUUGACAAGUUUUUUAAGGAUAAUACACGAAAAAAGGCCGCCCUGCAGGAGACACAGACCCUCAUCCCGCUGCAGGAGGUGUUUGAGUGCCUCCACUACACACAUACCUCCGUUAAUUUUCUCCUGUACAUCCUCUGCGGCGCCUCCUUCAGGCAGCUGGUGGCGGCGCGGCUCAGGCAGGUGCUGUGUGGGCGGCUGUGGUCUAGAGGGGUACACUUCAACUAA